UGAGCGAGCGCAGCAACAUUUCGACGUUUGCGUCAGCGGGAGACACGAAGUACUCGUAGCUAGCCUUUUCUUCCAGCACUUAAAAAAACAGCCGCUCUUGUCUACGCGACGGUCGAGGUAUUCCGUGACACAACAGAGGACUUCUUCGGUGUCGCCGUCGCCACUUUUGAAUCAUAAUAAUGCCCCGAGGCGGAAAAAAGGGCCACAAGGGCCGAGGAAAGCAGUUCAGCAACCCUGAGGAGAUUGACCGACAGAUGAAGGCACAGAGGGAGUUGGAAGCAAAUCCCAAUGCAGAAAAAGAGAGCUCUGCCGAGUCUGAGGAAGAGAGCAGCAGUGAUGAAGACUCCGAGUUCAAGAGGAGAAAUGGUGUGGAGGGGCUUAUAGAGAUUGAGAAUCCAAACCGUGUGUCUCAGAAGAACAAGAAGGUGACCGAAAUAGACGAGAAUGCUCCCAAAGAGCUGUCUCGCAGAGAGAGAGAAGAGAUAGAGAAGCAGAAAUCAAAGGAACGCUACAUGAAGCUCCACUCGGAGGGGAAGACUGACCAGGCCAAGGCUGACCUGGCCAGGCUGGCUAUCAUCAAGAAACAGAGGGAGGAUGCAGCUAAGAAGAGAGAUGACACCAGGAAAGCUGAAAAAGAUGCCGAAGAAGCCAAAGGAAAGCGCUAAUCCUCCAUCUGUAAGCUUCAUCAUGCACUUCAGUCUCAGAGAAAUGGAGAGAGGAAGAGGACGGGGAAGGGACCAAUGCAAGUGAUGGGAGAUCGGGGGAUGAUCCUGAACUCCUGUUCCCCCUUUUUCAAAUCAGAGGGGCUUCCAUGACUGUGUGGUCAGGACUGGGGGGGGAAACGGGUGGAGACAAAGAGGAAUGCAACAUUUGGAAUGCCUCUAGUUUUCUUUAAAAUUACAGAAAUUUCAAGGAGACAAUCGCAGGUUUUCCAAGUGCUUCACUUCCUCUUUACUCUUCCUCAACCACCAGGGUUUUAAUUCUAAAGCUGCUGAAGUUAUUUCCAUUCCUUUCUAUUCAUACAUUUUUCAUAAAGUUACCGUAAGUCAAGUUUACGCAGCAACUGAACAGGUAUUACAGUCGGUGUGCAUGAGUUUUUCCCUUGGUGCUUUACUUAUCUUUACCUGAUUUGUGAGACUGAGAGAGAACUAUACUUAUCAGAGGUGAAUCUAAGAUAAUAAAAAAUAUACUAUUUGGUUGAGUAUUUUGUUUGGGAUAUAUAUAUAAAAAAGACCUAUUAUUUACUGCCACUUAACAGAUACAUUAUCAUUAUGCAAACCAAAAUUAUUGUAAUUUCUCUCUGUUCUGUCUUGUUUUUGGGCCACAGUUUUCAGAGAUGGAAGAAUUAGCUGUUGUAGCUAUGACAAUAAAUUUAAACUGUAGUUGAUGUGAAGUUUCUCUCAUGGCUUUUGGGUCCCCGUCCCCCCCUAAAUUUUCCCUUCAUUCUUUUGAACCUAUUGCUGUUAAUUUAGUGGUGUGUUUUAGAAUCCUUCACGCAAAGCACCAGGAAUAUUAUACUUAAAUUGCCUUGAAUCAUGAGUUUCUAGCGCUUAAAUACCUUCUUUUUUUUUCUUGCUGAAAAGCGUAGCCUCAAACUGUCUCAGUGACUUGUGGCCUUGCCCCGUUUCUAACAAGAACCUCGCUACGUCUAUAGGAGAGAUGACUUCUAUUGCCUUUUUCAAAGUUUACACAAGACCAUUCAACUUUUCUCCUGUAAUUAAACCACCUACACUCACUCAGUUUAGUAUUUUGUUUUUGUUUUGUUUUUUCUUCACUCCGGUAAUAAGUCUCAAAAAAUGCUCAGACACCUCGACUCCUCUCCUGUGACAGACCUUCGGCGAUCUUACAGAGACAGGAAAUACUGCAGGGCAUUUCUAUUAUUCACACUGCACAGAUGUACAGCAUAAUGACCUGGAUACUCAGUGGUUGGUGACUUUCUUUGGAAAUGUCUUAAUCAGGUAAAAACCAGAUUCCCUAUAUCAUGGAAGUAUCUCAUAGAAAAGGAAAAAAAAACAUACACAAAGUGAGAGUGCUUUAGCCAUAGAAGGAAAAAUAAAUGUCAUACAUUUUCCAUCAAUGUAUUUGAAAUCAUUUUUAAAAAUAAAUUCACUGACAUAAGA